CUUUCAUCUCUAAUCUUUCUAGCUAAUAUUCCUCUAUUUGCUUUGCAUAACAGUCUCAAGUAUUUAAUCAACAUGACAAUAUUAUUCUCUGAAGAUUGCAUUUCUAAGUACCAUAAUUUAAAAUGCCUCUUAAUUGAGGAAACAUCGCUUUCCAGGACGAGGAUCCUCGUUAAAGGUGUAAUACACCUUAUCUAUUUUACAUGUGCAACAGUUUUAUUUAGCCUCACUAAUAAUAGUAGGGUCUUUGUCUGUAAGAAAGCAAACAGUCAUGUUUUCGUUUUGCUUUUUUUUCCUUCCUUUAGUUAAAAAUUAGCUACAAAUGGUUUUAACAUAGUUUAAUUCUGCUGAUGAUUUUCAGCAAAUUUGUUGUGUUGCAUGAUAACUUAUCCGUGGUGCUUAAUAUUCCUGUCAGGUAAGUCAGUACUGCAAUAGGUAAUGUCGACAGUAGGUAGGUAACUGUUGCAUAGCCACUCUGAAGGACUGGCAAAAUCAGUAAUAGAACAGCUGCUUUAGCAGCUGCCCAAAUUCUAGCAAAUAACACAAUCUUCCAAAAGGGUUCCUGUCACUACACUGAAACAAUUAAUGGAUGUUGGUUUGGAUGCAUAUAGUAACUACAAAGAAAGAACAGAUAAUUAAAAAGUGUCUAGUACAUUGAAAGCAAUUCCUCCCUUUCCCUUUUUUCUAUACUUCCCUCUUACUGAUUUAUUAUACUAAAGACAGUAAAUGCCAGCUAAUGGACAGUGUUUUGUGUUCUUAAAAAUUUGUGAUAAGUAUAGCCAGUAUUCCGUAACAAUCAACUUCUUAAAAAAAUAAAAAUAAAAAAAAUUUGGGGACAGUAAAAUGUUAGGAAGUCUUUAGAACCUUAUAGCUUUUCAGAAAUACCCUAAAUAUUGUUUUAUAUCCUGUUCACUUAACCUUGAACUUUACCACUUCCAUUGCUUCAUAUAUAAAUACAUCUCCUCCUUCUGGGAGAAAAAACUGUAGCACAUGAGGUCUUUAAAAGGAGGUUGGAUAAACAUGGAAGGAUGGAUUAAAUAAAUCUAAAGGUUUCUACUGGGCCUACAAUUCUGCGGAUAAUGCCUUAUGGAACCAUUAAUCUCUUCAAAGUAUGCUUUAUGAAGCUUUUUGGUUAGGGAGAUAUUUCUUGUUACAGAUUUAAAGAAUAUUUUUCAAUUACAGUACUGCAGAAAGAGGAGGAUUUUAGUUUCUAUAAUAACUGUUCUCUACUGACAGCUAAACAAUGAAAGGCCUCAAAAGGUUUGACACAUGAUUAGAUCUACACUGUAAAGUGCAGCAGGCAAAAAAAUAUGGUAAUUAAGGGCCUGAUCAAGUAAAUUGCUCAGGUAUGUCUUUAACCUUAAGCACAUGAGCAAUCUAGUUAAUUAAAAAAGAACAGAUACUCAUAGUUGUAAUGAAUCCAUAUUUGGAUCAACAGUCCUGUCAAUUACAAACAUGAGACUUUCUGCCAAAUAAAAGAUGUGCUAUGUUGCAAAUUAAUCCAUUGACCUACACAGAUUAACUUCAUUAUCUUAAAGAGUUUAUUAUGAUUACCUCCUAACAUACUAUUUUGCUACUGUUAUUUAUCAGCAUCGUGAGUUUGACAAUAUCUAAAAUACCUUACAAAGAUAUCUUUAGUCAAUACCCAGAUAAUACCUAACCAGCUGACAAAGUUUACUUAUCUAGCUCAUAUAUAAACCAUGUUUAAAAGCAGUUUCUCUCUUAAUCAGCAUUCCUUUUCUGGAAUGCUUUUAAGAGGAAAUUAAGUCAUUUUUCUCAGUUUCUUAUAAAAUCUUUUCAAUGGUAAGUAGAGUUAACAUUUGGUCCCUGUUUGAGUAAAGCAUUGUAGAGUACCUGGGAGAAUCCCAGUGCCAACUCCUGCCCAUCCUGUGACUGUGACACCCUGCUCUUCAACCAACUCUUACUCUGCGUGAGAAGUUUUCAUUCCGUUCUGAAGGAACUUGCUUUUUGAAUUGAAUUUGUUGUGAAACUGUUUCAAAGACUAUACUGAUUCCAUUUCACCUGUGUACUUAGUGACACAAACAUUUACCUCCAGCAGGUUAGUGAUGCAAAACGUCCUGUUAGAGAAAACAAGCUGAGUGUUUUAUGAAGAAAUGUAGCAUAUGUAGGUUGAGGACCAGCUUCCUCAAAUAAGAAAUGCUGUCUUAGCAGGGAUCUGUGUACCUAUUGCAUUUGAAAGAUUUAACUUGCAAACAUUAUUAUAGACCAGUUCUGAAAUUGUUUAACGAAACAGUAUGUUUUUGCUUAACAAAAAUAAGAUCAGAAAAAUCAGUUUCAGUAUCUAGCAGAGGAGUUUCUACAGCAAAUGAAUUGUAUUUUAGUCAUAAGUGACUGAUAUUAGUUUGAAAGCUUGCUGAAAAUUAAAGUUGCGUAAAUGGGCUAGAACCAGGAAACUGGCAAAGCGAAGAGAAAAGAGUCAGACUGUGUAGUUGCAGUAUUUCUGGAGCAUGAUAGAUUUUUUUUUCCCUUCUUGAUUUAACAAGUUGAAAAUCUGCUGAAUAAUUCAUGAAGAGUGGAAGGGCUGAAUCUUCCUGGAAUGAUAUACAGUGUACGUACUGUGGCACAGGAGAAACUGCAAAGCUUUGUAUCAGUUGCUGCUGUUUCUGCUGCCGAUUGCAAGGUGCUGCUGCUUUUGGCAUUUUCACAGCUACCGAAUCCUCAGUCAUGCUCCCAUCUGCUAACAGCUAUCUGCACCCUAUGGACCCACCUUCGCUAGCUAGUCUGUGGGAUUUCUUGUUACCUCCCUACCUUGGACACUGCUGUUCUCCAGAUUGCUACUGCUAACUGCAUUUUCUGGACUUGCAGCUUGUAUGACUGAAAUCUGCCUUAGAGUCCCUCAGCUGCACAUCCUCUCUCGUGUUUGGCGGGGGACUUCUGCAGCAGGAUCUUCGGACCCAGCUGAGGAUGGGAUUUACAGGGAGAAGCCAAAACUGAGCUGCAUUCAGCGAGAUGCCCAACGCCUCUUCCUGGAGUGCUAGCUCGCCGCUGCUGCUGCUCUGGGAGGACUCCUCCGGGACCCGCAUCUUCCUGUCACUGCUCUAUGCGGUCCUUGCUAUCUCAGGGACCUUAUCCAAUGUGAUGGUCAUCUACCUAGUUUUCUCCUUCAAGAAGCUGCAGACAACCAGUAACGCCUUCAUCGUCAACGGCUGCGCGGCCGACCUCAGCGUGUGCGCCCUGUGGAUGCCCCAGGAGGCAGUGCUGGGGCUGCUGCCCCCCAACUCCUCUUCCCUUCGCUCGGCCGAGUACCGCCUGCUCCGAGGGGGGCUCCUCGGCCUCGGCCUCACCGUCUCGCUGGCCUCUCACCUGCUGGUGGCCUUCAACAGGUACGUGCUCAUCACCAAGCUGCCCAGCGUUUACCAGGCCCUCUACCAGCGGAGGCACACGGGCUGCAUGAUCGGGCUCUCCUGGGCCCUCGCCCUGCUCCUGCUCCCGCUGCUGCCCGGGCUCUGGACGCCGGGCUCGGCCCAGCAGCCGCCCCCGAGGCAGCCAGACGGCGGCUCCCGCUACACCGCGCUGCUCCUCGCCCUGGCCGUGCUGGGCCAGACGGCGCUGCUGCUCCACUGCUACCUCGGCAUCGUGCGGCGGGUGCGGGGCAGCGCCAAGCGGGUCAGCGUCCUCAACUUCCACCUCCUGCACCAGCUGCCCUUCCCCGCCGCCCCGCCGCCGCCCCGCCGCGCCCAGCGCCGCCUCAGCAGCGUCUCGGUGCUGCUGCUCUGCUGCGUCUUCCUGCUGGGCACCCAGCCCCUCGUCUGGGUCAGCCUGCUGGCCUUCUUCCUGCGCCCGGCGCCGGCGGCGGUGCAGGCCGCCAGCUGGCUGCUGCUCUGCUCGCUCUCGGCCCUCAACCCGCUGCUCUACACGUGGCGCAGCGAGGAGUUCCGACGGGCGGCGCGCUCCGUCCUGCCGCGCGCCGAGGGCUCCGCCGCCGCCCCGCGACACCACGCCGCCGCCACCGGCCCCGCCGCCGCCGCUCCGCCCUGCCCGCAGCUGCCGCGGCGCCGGGGCACGGUGUGCAGCGCCGCCGCCGCGCCGCGCUGA